AUUGUGAGCGGCAUAUCCGAACGAAAAGAUCGGCGAUUGGCAUUCUUCUUCGAUGACGGAGGUUCGUGAAAAGAUGUGAGACCACUUCAACAAUUCGCUGGACAGCAACGCUUUGUCGUUCACAAAGUGUAGAUGAAAUUUAUAAUCGUUCGGUAAUUGAAUAUUGAUCGCGCUCACAUACCUAAGAAUAAAACGCUACCAGAUACGAUCAUCAAUUCGGGCCACGAAAAGCCCAACAUAUUUUCAUCGAGAUAUUAACCACCCGACGAUUUUACUCGCAACUCAUGGUACGUGACAUCGAUUCCAUUUUUGAAAGAUACGUGAACGUUGUUUCAAAUUGGAAUACUCGAUAGGCAAAUAUCGAUCUCCUCCAUUGUUCUCCCGUUGAACGGUCGACGUUGAGAAAAGAAUUCAAAAUCCUUAAGUACGAUGAAUUAGAAUUCUGCGAAGGAUGUCCAGUCGAUAAGAAGGCAAAAUAGAUUCUAGAAAAGUAGGAAAUAUGCAGUGCGCUGGUGACAGCUCGAAAUGGGGACAAUCUCCCGUGGAUAUAGACGACAAUCAUGUUCUUAGAGUAGAAUAUCCUCCUCUCACUAUGAGUGGCCAUUGGAAUCAGGAAGGAUACGCAAAUAUAAAGAACACUGGAUCUACCGGUAAAUUAUGUAGAAACGAGCGACGACACUAUUCAUUUAUCUACGCGCACAUUUACGUAUCGUUUUCUACAGUCGCGAUAACUCUGGAGGGUAAUAGAAAUCCAGCUAGUAUACGUGGUGGACCGCUAACAGACGACGUCUACGAAUUUUCCGAAGUCGUCUUUCGUUGGGGCUCAUCGAAUUGUAAAGGAGCCGAGCAUACUCUCAAUGGAACGUGGUUUACAAUGGAAGCUCAAAUUAUACACUUUAAUCUUCGAUACGAAGAAAUUGAAAAGUGCUGGGACAAGAGAGACGGACUCGCGAUUUGCUCCUAUUUUCUUCAGGUCUAUCAACUUCCUGCUUGGGACGAGCAUCCAUUGUUCUCGAAGAUCACCGAUAAUUUGUAUAAAAUCACCGAACCGGAGUCCACCGCAAAAAUAUCACCUAACUGUUUGAGUUGGAUGAGGCAAGCCUGUCAAACACCAGGCUAUUAUAGCUACUCCGGUUCCAUUACCACUUGGCCCUAUUACGAGUGCGCAACUUGGAUCAUUUUCCCAGAACCCGUACGAAUCUCGGAAAAUCAAGCGCAAUGUUUCAGAAUGUUAAGAAACAAACAAGGAACGUUUAUCAAAGAGAAUUAUCGGGAGGUUCAAAAGCUCAAUUCGCGAGUAAUUUACUAUAUUUGUUGAAGCUAUGUUUCUAUUUUUAUAAAUAUUGUAUAUCAGCCCAUUGUUGAUAUUUCAUUAUACUACACGCGUAUAUUUGUUUAAUAUGACUUAAUAAAACACGUCAAUGAGAAUACACGUAAAGUAUGUGUCAAUAUGUAUUCGUUAACAACUUCACAAUGAAACUACCACACGAUAUGAUUAAAACAAC